AUGCAUGUUUGCUCUACCUACUUUGAAAAGUCAAUUACAAAGCUUAACCAAGAUGAAAGAAAGCUAUUGUUUAAGAUAAUAUUUGAUGCAAUGGGUUGGAAAAUAAGCAAACACAAGAACAAACUCAGUAAAUACAGAGGUGUCUUUAGAACAAUUGCAAGCAACCUUAAGAAAAAGAAGGGUGCAAAACAAAAUGAAUCAGUAAAGAAGAAGAAGACAGAACUUGAGGAGACCAUCUCAAAAAAGAGAAAAGAAAGAGAGGAAAACAAUGAUUCUGGAUCAUCCUCUUGUGAGGAAGAAACCAUUGAAGAGGAUUCCACUGAUGAUAUGAGUGAUGAUGAAUGUUGA